AUGCCGAAGGAGAGGCGCAGACGCAUCGGAGGACACGAACCAUCAGUCCGACUGCCCAACCGCCACUUCGCAGUGCAAGAAAACGCCGUGGAACACGUAGACUUGGGCGCGCAAGCCAACGCAUCGGCAACAGAGAUAUUCAGUUCCAUGGCCGAGCAAGAUGCCCCCCAAACGAACAUGAAGAAGAAGGAAAAGCAGGCGCUCAAGCACGAACUGUUUCUCAAACGAUUGGAGUCAUCUCGCUCCCCAUAUUCUAAAUCUCAUGAGCGUCGAUUGAGACGUAAAGAGAAAGAGCAGGUUGCCGGCGGUAUGAGCGACAUGAAAGCUGCUAUUUCAGCGGUCGAAAGUAUCAUCCCCGACGCUGUCGUGGACUCUACCGAAAUGCCUGCGACCGAGACCGCGGAAGAGCGACCGAAGGCCAGAAAGCGUGUCGGAAAAAUCGGUGAGGGCAAGGGAUUGCCAUUGAGCAAGUCACAGAGGAAACGUGUUCUUCAAACAGAACGGCUACGUAUCCCGAUGAUACUUUCGACUCCUGAGUUUGCGUCAAACCCCUUCCAGACCAUACGAAUCCAUGCGCAAAACACCCUGUUGAAGCAUCGACCGCCUAAUUAG